AUGAAGCUCAAGCAAAGAGCAGAAGCGGCGGAACAACGUCAAAGGUUGGAGAAUCCUACCGACCACAGUCAAGCUUCGCCCCAAAGACGGCAGGAUCUCCAGCGCCGCGAGUCUGCGAGGCAUCCCCUUGAGGAAGCCUCCUCAGGUCCAUCGGACCCAGUCUCAUAUUUGCGUAACAACAACAUAAUCCGAAAUCGAGGCAUUGACCGCGCCCAAGGCCGAAUCUCGUCAGAUUCGAUCAGCGGUGCAGGUACCGUCACCCAACCCGAUAGACCCUCCAUUCACGGUCGUUCACCACUAGUCCUAGAGCUCGACGAGAAUAGGAUUUCGAAAAAGGACUUUCCUUCGAAGGCCCCUUCUGCGGGGAGAUCAGAGAAGACGCAAUCAUGGUCUCUCCAACCUUGUCAUGAAAGCGCCCCAGAUUUUGAAGAGCCAAACCCCGAUGACUUUUACGGAGACUCGUCCACCCUUUCUUUCAUGCAGGCUGUUCAAACAACCAUAAUCUCGAACUCUUCUCCGGAUUCAGUAUCGCCAGAAUCAAAUUAUCGAAGUGGAACAAAGCCACGCCCAGCCAGAGCAGUCUCAUUUAGGUUUGGGGUGGAGAAUUGCUUGCCUCAGAGAUCGCUUGCUGACGAUUUGGUAAACUCUUACUUUCGCUACGUCCAUAUUCUGUACCCGUUCUUGCACCGGCCCUCAUUCGAGGCCCAGUAUGAACGUACGUGGGUCUCAGGAGAGCAACAAGACGAUCAGUGGCUUGCUAUGUUGAACGUCAUCUUCGCUCUUGGGAUUCAUUUCGCCUAUGGACAGGAAGAUAAAUCCGCGGCGAGUGAUCGGUUCUUUGGUUAUGCGCAGAAACUCGUGUCGAUGGAACAGUUUGCUCACGCAAAUCUGCAAACGUUACAGCUCCUUUUGCUCAGCGGCCUCUAUUACCAGUCCACCAGUCGACCAAAUCAGACAUGGAACGUGAUAGGGUUAGCAAUAAGGAUUGCCACUACCAUUGGUGCUCACGUCGAUCCCAUGCCGUCUCAAUAUAAUCCCUUGCAGAUUGAAGUACGAAGGAGAUGCUGGUAUGGGUGUAUUGUACUGGAUUCAGUUUUAGCCCUUAACUUCGGACGUCCUACUGCCAUUCCAAGCACAUUUGGCGUCUCGCUGCCUUCAGAUCUUGACGAUGAGUAUAUCACCGAAGAAGGCUACCUUGAACAACCAGGACAUGUUCGGCCCAAGGCCACGGUCUUCACCAAGUCGGUGGCGUUCUGUUCCAUCAUGAAAGAUGUACUAUACACCCUGUACUCGCCUCUCAACGGUUCUGGCCAUCGACAUAGCGGCAAGGUAUUUCAGCCUCCCGAGUUCAAAGAUGCUGUCAGUCUAGACAAGAGCUUGGUUGAGUGGUUUCGAGGGCUCCCAGAGUACUUGAAAGUAGGAGCCUUGGACGAGAUGGAAGAAUUCCGGCGGACCAGAAAUAUCCUCCUCGCUAGAUUUCUGAACCUAAGAGUUCUGAUACAUCGACCAUUCGCUUCUCUUUGGCAGCAGUCCUCUGUCAUCUCUGAGCCGGUGUACCUCGCUUCUCUUGACAACUCCCUUCAUUCCAUGUGCGUCACAGUGUGCAAGUCAGCUGCUAUACAGCUGGUGAAUGUCAUCAGCAACAAUUAUUAUCAAGGGCUGUCAAGCGCUUGGUGGACAGAUAUGACCUAUCUAUUUACUGCAGCAACAGUUCUGCUGGCCAUAGAGUACGAAUGCGAGGACCCAGAAGAGAGCGAUGUAACCGAAAGGGCCUUUGAACAAGCUCUUAUAAUUCUGGGUGAGAUGCAGGGGCGCUCUUCUAUGGCAUCAUCAUAUGUCACCAUGUUGAAGAAGGCGAAAGAAGCCCAAGACUCCGCACAGAUAGCCCCGAUAGCCCCGACCUCAUCGCCAAGAACGCGAUCAAACAAUGCAGCACCCAGAAAUUCUGGUUCCGCCUCUGAGAUCGCGUCUAAUGGGAUCAACUUGGACGAAUUUUUGAAAGACGACGCCCGAGCCGACGCACCUUUCCCGUCGUGGAACAUGCAAGACUUUUUCCUGGUGCCUUGGGAUAUGAUGAUGGUAGACAAUCCCAUGCCCACAUUCCAAUCAUGA